AGACAAAUAUUUUAACAAAGACUUUGCCACACAUUUGAACACAGUUUUUCCUGGACCCGCCACACAGGCCUUCCAAAUAAAUUCGCACAGUAUUCAAAGAGAGGACAAAUACGAUGGACUGCGAGUUUGUAGACGCAGUAUACUUGUACUAUUUGUGAAUAUAAUUAUUUAUUCAUGUACCUAUAUAAAAAUAAACUAAAAUCUCCGAUAUAGGGCAAGAUAAUAAUUUACUAGUUAUUCCGAUUCAGGCGACACUGAACAAAUUUCUAUCCUUAUGGCUUUUAUUUUUAGGUUUCCAUAUACACAAUCGGUUUUCCUUCAAGCAAUUCCAUAAAACUGAACUUUCCGCAAGUGUGGCAGGAUACGCAAAGUUUAAAACUUUGAACGCUGUGAUGUGUGGUCGAAAAACCGAUACCGAAUGCCAUGGCAAAUACGCAAACAUUUUAAAAAACUUUGCACUAAUACGCAAAUACCCGUGCUACACAUGUGUUCAAAUAUUUUUGUGAAGUGUGGCACAGUCAAUACAGUUUUGCGUUACAUUUCGUCAAAUAGAUGCUAAAUUAUUCUUAUAGGAAAUGGUUUGCGAUGGGCCAGAUCCUCCAGAGAACAAUCCUCACGAACUAAAUCCUCCCCCUAGACAUGAGUUAAUAAUGAAUGGCCAACAAGCCGACGAAAGUGAUGAAGAGAACGAGUAUUUUGGAUACGAGCCGUUGGCACAAGGGCCCGAGAUAACGCAUUCGGACCGCGAAAGUGAUGAAGAUGUACCGAACAAUGUGCCCCCGACAAAUAAUGUCCCGCCUAUAGAAAGCAUGGACAACAUAUUGACAAGAGAUGUAUGGAACACACCCAGAAAUUCUGACCCUAUACAGAUGGAUGGUGAAAGAGCACAGCAGGUUAUGUCAGCAAUGGCAAACUUCUCUCUACCUCCGACAUCUAUACCAGAAUGGGCUCAAAGUAUUUCAGAAGAACAAUGGAAGAAGACACUCUCAGACACAAUAGAAAAAAUUAAGAAUAAUAGAUAAGUUUAUAUGCUUAAUAUUAAUAUGGUUAGUGUACAUAUACAAUUAUAAGAUAAAUAUUAUUUAUAUUUCAAAUCUUAUUAUUUCCAAUGGCCUGAAUAAACUUAUCAAUUUAUUGAGGCUUAAUAAAAUAGGCCACAAUAGAACAGACACAGGAUAAUACAACUAAUAAUGUAAAUUGAUAAAAGAAGGUAAUAAUUAAUUUAAUUGAAUUAUUAAUAGAGUUUAUUUAUUUACAUAUUGCAUCUAAUUUUUUAUUGCAUAUAGACAUAGAUUAACCAAAUCGCAACACUCAUUAAUAUUUACUGUUUUCUUAAUAGUGCCCUAUUAUUUCUUUAGUGCAAUAAACUGGAUGUUGUA